UUGUUCAGAUGCCCCAACUGUCUAGCGGAAAUUACGUUUAAAACGGAUCUGGAAAAUUGCGACUAUCAGAAUGAGCACGGAGCCACUCGAUUAUUCGAGGCCAUCAAGCUCUACCAAGAUGCGGAAAAGGCAAAGGAAGCCCAAGAAGAGGAGGACAAGAAGGACCCUAUGAAAAUGCUUGAGAAGCGGACCAUGAUGAGUCGUGCCGAGAUGGAAGCAAUGGGAAACCUUGAGGAUCUGCAAGAAAUUAGUAGACAUAAAGAAUCUGUUGACGUCGACCAAUUUUUGGAAGCAACGAAGCCGGAAUUAUCGAUAGCUGAACAAAUAAAGUUGCAAGAACAGGAAGACGAGGAGUUCAUUAGGCAAGUUCUCGGAAAAACUGCCGAUGGCAAGAUAAUCAAACGGUUAGAGGAUGACGAUGAAGAAGAGGGGAAACCUGGGACUAGCGGUUUGGUCAGCACAUCGUUGCAUGAGAUUGUAAAUCAUAUUUAG